CCGCAGCGAAUUAUGAAGUGACACAUUAAAUUAAAAUGUAAAACUUCAAUUUGAUUAAAUGCCACAUAAAUAAUCAGCACAGUUUUGUUUUGAUGAAACAGCUAAAUAGUUGUGAGAUAUAAUAAUCGACUUUGUUUUAUAUCUAACACUUGAUAUAUAUUUAAAUUCACAUACAAAUUAACUUUGAAAUCGGAAAUAUUAAACAUAAUAUUCAAAAAAUGGCAUUCUUUAAAAUGGGUCCCGGAACGCUAGAGAUUCCAAUGACUAUGUUUAGGAAUAACAGAAAUAAAGUUGCAAGAGAAAUGAAAAACCAUAAACUUGUAGAUAAUAAGUCAUAUAUUUUACUACAAGGUGGAAAUGAUGUUAGCUUCAAUGAUACGGAUGUUGAUUAUUUAUUUAGGCAAGAAUCCUAUUUUCAAUAUAUGUUUGGUGUUAAAGAACCUGGUUGUUAUGGUGCAGUACAUAUUGAGAGUGGAAAGUCGAUUCUUUUUGUUCCUAGAUUACCCGAUGAGUAUGGUGUUUGGAUGGGUCAUAUAAAUACUUUAGAUGAAUUUAAAAAAAUAUAUCAAGUGGAUGAAGUUUUUUACUGCGAUGAAUUAUCCAAAUUCUUUGAAGAAGUUCAAGUAUCCGUCAUUUUUACGUUGUGUGGGAUAAAUACUGACUCAAACUUACAAUCUAAGCCCGCUACUUUUACGGGUAUAGAUAAGUUUAUUUGCAAUUGCGAUGUCUUACAUUCCGUUAUAGCUGAAUGCCGAGUUAUCAAAUCAACAGAGGAAAUUGAAGUUUUACGCUAUGUAGCAAAAAUUUCAUCAGAUGCGCAUAAAGAAGUAAUGAAGUCUAUCAAACCUGGCAUGACUGAAUAUCAAUGCGAAAGUAUUUUUUUAAAUUACUGUUACUAUAACGGUGGUUGUCGUCAUGUAUCUUACACCUGUAUUUGCGGUACUGGUCAUAAUUCAUCAGUUUUACAUUAUGGUCAUGCAAGUGCACCAAAUACUCGCAUUAUAAAAGAUGGAGACAUGUGUUUAUUUGAUAUGGGCGGAAACUAUGCAGGUUAUGCUGCCGAUAUCACAUGUAGUUUCCCCGUAAAUGGAAAGUUUACUGAAAAACAAAAGUUUAUUUACAAUGCUGUAUUAGAUGCCCGUAAUGCAGUAUUAAAGGCUGCAAAAGAAGGAGUUUCAUGGGUAGAUAUGCACUAUUUAGCAAAUAAAGUUAUGUUGGGAUGUUUAAAGGAUGGAAAUAUGUUAAAAGGGGAUGUCGAUGAAAUGAUUGCUAGUGGAUUGAAUGCAAUUUUCCAACCACAUGGAUUGGGCCAUUUAAUCGGGCUAGAUGUACAUGAUGUUGGUGGUUAUUUGAAUGGUGAGCCUGAACGUCCAAAAGAACCUGGUUUUAAUAAAUUGAGAUUUGCUAGAGUAUUGAAAGAGGGAAUGUAUGUAACAGUUGAACCUGGUUGCUAUUUCAUCGAUUAUUUAAUGGAUAAAGCUUUGGGCGAUCCCAAUUUGUUAAAAUUUAUAAAUCGUGAAGUAUUUGAAGAUUUUCGUUCAUUUGGAGGUGUUCGAAUUGAAGAUUGCGUUUUAAUUAAGAAAGAUGGUUGCGAAAAUUUUGCUAUUGUUCCAAGAACAGUUGAGGAAAUUGAAGCUUUCAUGAAUGUCAAAUAA